AUGUCUCAGCGACCGGGCCUUCAUGUGCCUGCGAUACGCCUUGAAACGGAGAAGAAUCUUGGUAUCACGCAGCGCUCGGCCGCAAUCAACUUCGGCUGGACUGGCGAGAUCCGCAAGCGUUAUACCGACUUUCUGGUCAAUGAAAUACGGGUGGAUGGCACUGUCCUUCAUCUUCACAAGUAUGAGGAAGUCAAGUCGGACAAACCCGACACUCAGGCUCAGCAGUAUCCCGGCAACGGCAAUGCCUCUGCCAACACCUCUGGCAGACCAGAUGAUAAGCCGCAAGUUCACCGAAUCUCGGAAAAUGAUCGCCAGAUCCUCAUGGGCUUGAUUGGUGAGGCCAUUGCCCAGAGACUGAUUGAUCUCGAUGAGAAGACUCAAGCCAAAACCAACAUCCCUCCCAACGGUCGUAGUGUUGUCUUCGACGCCAUCACUGAUAGAGCGGCGCGUGCAAAGGUCCAUCAGGAAAUUCGUCGGAUCUUCCAUUCCCGCAUUGAGACUGUUGCUAAUUCGGCCGGUAUCAUCACGGCGACCGCGUCGAAAUCGACAGCCAAUCGCGGGGGUGCUAGACAGCGCAAUGGGCCGCAGCGUGACAAUAAUCGUUCCCGUGAGAUUAGCCAGAGUUUCGAACAGCUCGGCGGUAAUUACCUUCACUUCACGAUGUACAAGGAGAAUAAGGACACUAUGGAUGCGAUCAACACAAUUGCACGACUCCUCAAAGUCAAGGCUUCCUUCUUUGGCUUUGCUGGCACCAAGGAUCGUCGGGCUGCCACUGUCCAGCGCAUCAGCGUCUAUCAACAGAAAGCAUCAGAUAUGAUCUGGUUGAACACACGUAUCAACAAUGUCAAGGUUGGGGACUUCGAGUAUGCCAAGGCUCCGCUUCAGCUUGGCGACCAUGGCGGCAACGAAUUCAUCAUAACCGUCAAGAAUUGCCAGCCCCUUCCUGGGACUGAGGGUUCUGUUGUGCACCGCAUGAGGAUGAUUCAGCGGGCGGUCGAAUGUGGGCUUGCCUACCUGAAGUACAACGGCUACCUCAACUACUUUGGUCUUCAGCGCUUCGGAACCCACUCCAUCGGAACUCACAAGCUUGGCAUGAAGCUAUUGAAGAGUGAUUGGGAGGGUUUCAUUGAUGAUGUCUUGCACGUCGAUGAUCAUCUCAUCCAGCAGGUACUGAACAAUACCCCCCAGACCUGCGGGACAGGAAAGGAGCUUCGCGACAACCGCGACGACUUCAACCGCGCUCGCGCCAUCACUACUUGGAAGACCACCAAGAAUGCGGACAAGGCCCUCGAGGUCCUUCCCAAGAGGUUUAGCUCUGAAUAUUCCAUUAUUCAGCACCUCGGUAAGAACCCAAGGGAUUUUCUCGGCGCCAUUCAAAGCAUAACGCGCGGAAUGCGCCGGAUGUACGCCCACGCCUAUCAAUCUUACGUCUGGAACUAUGUCGCCACUCGUCGUUGGUCCAAGUACGGGUCCAAUGUCGUCGAGGGAGAUCUUGUCGUGGUCUCUAGCGGCCGUAGUCCUGACGGUUCCGAUGCUGAAUUCUCCGCUUACGACGACUUCGAGGAUGACAAUGCCUACGCACAGGCUCGCAGCCUCACGGCCGAAGACGUCGCUAGCGGCCAAUAUACCAUCUUUGACGUUGUAUUGCCCAACCCUGGUUACGAUGUCAUGUAUCCUCGCAAUGACAUUGGCGACUAUUACGUCGAAUUCAUGGGGCGAGAAGAAAAUGGCUGUUUGAAUCCUUAUGAGAUGCGUCGUAAGCAUCGCGAAUUCAGUCUGAGCGGCAACUAUCGUCCCCUCAUUGGGCGGUUCAUGGGCGAGCCCCAGUAUGCUAUCAAGGCGUACUGUGAUGAUCUCGAACAGAUGCACCCCACUGACCUUGAUUAUGCUCUUCAUCAGAAAGAGGCAGAGAAGAAAGCCGUUGCAUCUUCUGUGGACAGUUGGGCGCACUUUGCAAAGAAUGCAGCGGCUUAUGAUGACGCUAUGGCUACUGCGCGCCGUCGCAAAGCCGACGCAGAGCCCGCUCCUAAUGGAGACUCUGUCAUCAACGAGACGUGGAUUCAAACCGGCCUUAAUGGCAGUGAUAAGCGUGUUAAGCUCGCGCGUCAUCAUCAGACAUUCGACAAUGCCGUGGGCAGUGAAUGGUCUUCCGGACACAGUGCCUCCACUGCACCGAGCCUGGAGGCUGAGGAGCCCGGCCAUUCCACUGAUGAUGUGAACACUAUGUCUGCUGAGGCUAGCGGUGGUGUUUCCCUCCUCGAUACCACACAGGAUGAGUCCCCUCGUCCGACUACAGUCUCGGAUUUGAUCCCCAUGGUUCGCAUUUCGGACGAGCCUAUGCCUGCUUCUGGCAUGCGUGGUGUCUCGGACACUUACUAUCGCUCCAUCGGCAAGAUGCCCAGCCUUGAUGGCCUGGGUGCUCUGGAUUCGAACAUCCAGAUGCCUGUGACUGGAGGUGGAACCGCUCAGACCCCGCCACCGGGCGACGGUGCUCUCCAAACGGGGACUGAGUUGAUCAACAAUGUCGCUCUGCCUAAACUCAAUCCUGUGUCGGCCAAUCCUCUGUUUUCAGUUGAUGACAGCAUCGACGAGAGCAGCAUUGAUCCCAAGGCAACGAAGAUUGCCGUGAUCUUGAAGUUUCAACUCAAGGUCAGUAACUACGCGACCAUUGUGCUUCGGGAGCUCAUGGGCACCGAUGUCGAGUAG